AUGGUUGGUUACUUACGUCUGGAAUUGGAACAAAAUUUGUUAAGGUUAACUCAACAAAUCACAAGGCCUAAGGUUUUUAUGGGAAAGAGGAGAAUGAUAUAUCCAUUCUGUAUCGGGAUUACUCCGUUUGAAAGGAUAAAAGGAUCUCAACGUGAACAACUUAACUCUGGCUACAUAAAAAUUGAUAGCCGUGGUGACCUUCGAAGCAGUGAUUUCGGAGACUUGGACCCGCAUGUGAACGUCCACUUUUUUUGCAAAGAGGACGACGAACAUAAAUCCGAAGAAGCUGCAAAAAAAUGUCAACUGAAAUUGCUAAGUGAAAUAAUGAAAGAAAAAAGUAAUGAGGUUGUGGCUUUGCUGAUAGAUGGAGAUUUGAAGGUGCUAGACUUUGUUUGUGAAAUGGUCAAGGAGUAUAACAAGGAUAACAAAAACUUACUGCUAGCUGUAAUGGCUACUGACACUAAAAACCCCAGUGCUGCAUCUGAAUUGAAAAAAGCAUGGGAAGAAAAGAAAAAAAGAUAUGAAGAAGAAGAAAAAAAAAGAAAGGAUGAAGAAGAGACGAAAAAAAAAAAGAAUGAAGAUGCACAAGGAGAACCAUCAAAGCCGCAGAGUGAACAAGGCGACGAAACACGGGGAAGUAUAAGCAAGGAGAUCUCUGAAAAUGAAGAAAAUAAUGAAAAUAAUAACAAUGAGGAGGUAACUGGAGCAACUGAAACAACUGAAGCAACUGAACAAACAAACAUAAAAACGAUUCUUGAAUCCAUUGAGCCAGUUAUAAUUGAAUCAUUCAGUUUUCGGGAUAUUAUCACGUCAAUAUUAGGAGAAGCGCAAAACCCCAACCCUAAACAGUCAUUCACUUUUGCAGUACAGCGCGAUUUGAAAGACUAUGCGAUAGCGCUCCUGAAAAAUUCAAAAGAUGACGAAGCUAAUGACUUUUUCAAAAUUGCUUUUGAGUACAAUAAUGAAACUUUCGUGGACUAUGUUCUCAAUUAUGGUGCAAAAGACUUACUGAAUGAGCAUCAAUUAAAAGAACUAUACUUGGAAGCAGAACAUUUAAAGAAGCUGCUUCCCAAGAAAUUUGAGGAACACGGUUUGGAAGAAAUACGCAAUUUUCUGUCUGAUUCGACAGAUUUUGAAAAAAUUACAUUACAACAGAAAGACACCGAUAGUAGAGCAGAAAAACACAAAAUGAACACAAAUUUUGAAGAAGACAAAGAAAAUGUAGCCGAAUAUUUCUGGAAAGAAACUGAAAGACCAUUUCUAAAUGCUUUAAUUGCUGCUUGGGUGGCAGAUAUCUUGAAAAAACAGUCUGAAAAGAAAUUUGAUCAGGAGCUGAUCAAAGCAUACAAAGAGAUAAAAAGUAAAUUCGAAGAAAGAGCAGUAGCCAUAUUAGAGACUGCCUAUAAAUCAGAUUCUUCAGCUGGUAGGACUUUAUUGAACUACUACGGUGAACCACAUUGGCCAAAUCUUAGACUUAUCGAUAUUGCUGCUAGAGCAGAACUGGAGGUUUAA